UUCACAGAAACAUUUCAGUAAAAAAUAAAAAAAGAAAGCAUGUCAAAGCACAUACAGAGAAAAGUUUAAGCAUAAGGAGAUUGUUAUUUAUUGCUACAAAUUAAAUCAUAGCUGGUCAGAAGUGUUGAACAGCUUUCACUAACAAAGGAAAAUGUCUGUGAAACCAAGCAAAGAGAAGACUAAUGAACUGAAAGGGCCUGCAGUUUUAAAUAUAUCUUACAUAUUUCCCAAUGGGGACAGAUACGAUGGUGAGUGCCAAAAAUCUUCAGAUGAUGUCAUAAUGAGAAGUGGCUCAGGCAUACAUACAACUCCAAAUGGAAUAAUUUACAAAGGACAAUGGUAUAAUGAUAAGAUGAAUGGGAGUGGAAGACUGGAACAUCCCUCUGGAGCUGUUUAUGAAGGGGAGUUCAGAGACAACAUGUUCCAUGGAAGAGGGACAUACAUUUUUCAGAAUGGAGCAAAAUAUGUUGGAGAGUUUAAUGAGAACAAAUUAGAAGGUGAAGGGGAAUUUACAGACCUACAAGGACUUCAGUGGAUAGGCAACUUCCAUUACAAAGCAGCACCUGGCCUGAAGCUGAAACUGGACAUAUGAUUGAACUGCACUUUGAUAAAUAAAUUGUUCUUGUCAUAAUUCAAUAUUUAAACCAUUUGAACAAAAGUAACUAUUCCAAAACAAUGUCCCUCAAUACAAAACAGAAGAAGACAGACAGCAGAAAUGUUUUUUUGUUUUUUUUUGUCAUUUGGUUUCUUUUAGCUAAAUAUUCUAGCUAACAUAAAAUAAUUUUUUUGGAAAUUCUUGAUGAUUUAGUCAUUAUAGUAUCUUACAGAGAAAUAAUUGUAAUAUUAUACAGAAUAUCGUAUAAGAAAACUAGUCUUCCAUGUUCAGUGGUGUAAUCUUGUAUACAUGUGUUCUCUUUUAAUGUUCUUAUUUUAUACUGUGUAACUCGUAUAACACAGAUUGAAUAACAGCCUGUAAAUUUAAAUACACAGAAUUUAUCUUGAGCUUGGUGGCUACACAUCUUAACAUCUUAACUACUCUGUUUAACUGAACUAUUUAUAUAUGUGUUUUCAUUGACAGAUACCUUUAAAUAUUUAAUACCACACAUUUUUGUAGCCUGGCCAGAACAUGGACAUUUAGGGGACAAAGACUAGACACAUAUAAAUACAAAACUUUCUGACAUGAAAUAUCAAUAAAUUAGUGUCUUUGCUAAACA